AUGAAGCAGAUGAAAAACUCGUCGAUCGCUCUCGUGCUCGCGUUAGCCGUAAUAACGAGCGGUUGCCUCGCGGUGGCGGCGGCCGAGCGUCGCUGCGGCGACAGGCUCGAGCGAGCCCUCGACAUGAUGCAUCAGCGCAGCCACUUGGCCAGGCGAAGGUACGAGCCGGACUCCGACCUCGAUCCGAUUUAUCGCCAACGACUCAGAUCCGCGCCGAUCGACGUUUCCGUCACGAAGCUCGUCGUCGAGAUACCCAAUCCCAAGUCGAACAAUCGCGUGGACCCGAGCAACUGGGCCAAGGUCGAGCGCUGCAGCUACGAGCCGAGCAACAAUUCCAUACGCACGCGAGUGGCUUUCAACGAGCUCGCCGUCACGGGCUUGGUGCAGCUCGUCGCGCACGAUCUCGCCUCCGCCUCGUCGCCGAUCUCGCGACAGCAGCAGCAGCCGGAACCGCGUCUCCUCUUGCCGGCCGAGUCCUGUCGCAUGAGUCUGCGUCUGCGACGCGCCGGCAUGGAGUUUUACACGAGCCCCAUAGCCCGUGGCCGCGGCCAGAUGCGCAUCAGGACCGAGUCGAGCUUCCUCGAGCCGAGAUUCGCCUCGAUUUACGCCUACGGCUGCAGGCCCAUGGUCAACUCCAUGAUUCAGCCCUACUCGGACCGCUUGAUGGAUAGCGAGCCGAGGAUCAGGCGCAGUGGGCGCGCUGCUCCUGCUGCUGCUGCUUCUGAUGCUGACGCGAAAAAAUCCAGAAUCUACGAUCCAACGAUCAGCGACUCGGCCAAUCUCUUGGCCAACUCGUCGGCCUACGACGACUCCAUCGAGGAGGAAAACCGACUCAGUGGCAACGUCGUCGGUGGAAAUCCGGCGGCCGAUGCUCUGCUCGAUUCCUUGUGGCGAUCCAGAGCCGACAUUGCCCGCGAAAUGGAGGACGUCUUUCUGAGGAGUGCCAGUCAGGCUAUCACGCACUACUUCGAGAAGCAGCUGCAUCCAGCUAUCAAAGAGACGCUCAUGUUAUCCAUGGGCUAUACAAUAAGCUACGGAUGAACUGGUCUUUCUACUCGAUUGAAUAAUAAAUUAAUUCGGAUACUUGUUUUUUUUUUUAUAAUAAUAAAAUUCCAUUAUUAUUAAGAGCAAAGGUUAUCAUGCUUCGUAUGCUACAGCUAAUUACACGAGUAUUUAUACAAAAUGAAUAACCUUCGCAGCUGAUGAACGUAUGCAUAGUCGCACAUGAGAUGUUUUUGAAUAACAUUAUGUUUUUUUUUUCUAAAAAAAAAAUUUCAUAAACGAAGUAAAUGUACAGACGCAGUAAUUUGUGUUCUUUGAUGAAUAAAAUAAAAAAAAAGAACCGUAGAUUUUUGUACACAUUGACAACGAAUAC